AUGGCCCCACCACAACCACACCAGCCCAUAGAUGGCCAUACGCUGGCUCCAGUGAAGAAUCCGUUCGUGUCGCCGUCAGGGCUGGCGGACGAGCGCUCGUUGCUCCCCAAGCUCGUGGGAACCUUCCCGGUGUUGGUGGCCUUCCCCAGCAUCUUGCUUUCAGGCAGCAUGGCGUAUGUUCUGGUGUCCAGCACCCCCUCUAUCGCAUACACCGCCACGGUGGUGCUCCUGGUGAUGCUAGCAUCGUCAUUUCUCCUCAUGAUCAAAGUGCUCAUUCGGUUCAACUUAAUUGCAUUAAAUAAGCCCUCGUCCACUGGGGCCGAAAAUACCUUUACCUCCACUGCCGUGCUCCUCUUGGGAGUGGCACUUGUGUUCUUUGCGUCCGAGGUGCUGCCCAUAAGCCGUCUUGCCGUGGUUUUCUUGGGUCUCUACUUGAACGAGUACAAUCUAUACACCCUCAUCACCCUUGUUAUUGAUAUCUAUGUUGCCUACAACGAGUCGCAGAACCAUUGGUCGGCAGUAGGCGUGAUAUUGGGCCAUAUUCUUGUCGUGAUUUCUUUUAAGAUCCUCUUCAAGAAGUUGGUUUUAUCGUCCAUUUCCAACACCUUGGGCAGUUUAAAUACGAGAUUUUUGGGAGCUAUUGCAGGUGUAUCAUUUAUCGUCUUACUCCUAUUGAAGGGCUUGAGCUUGAGUAUAGUUGGGGUCAAUCUAGCAGCUUCAAUUGUAUUUGUGAUCUCCCUACACGAUGCAGACUUGACCAUCUCAAAAGCAGUACCCGUACUUCUAGCCGUGAUAUCGAUAUCUUUGGAAUACAUCGUGUUGGCCAAAAAGAUCGACUUGAUCACGGUGAUUAAUAUGCUAUUACCAUUACUCAUUGUGGCUGACAGGUCAAGAGAAAUCGAAGGUGAAAGCAGUUACGGAACUGCAGUGGAAGUCUCUGAGAAGACUGUAUCUUCAACUUCAAUAUUGCGGGAAUUGAUGAGCCACUCUGAUACCAAGGCAAUCUUGAAUUUCCUUUUAUUGAACACCACAUUCAUGUUCAUCCAACUUCUUUACUCAUUCAGGUCAAAGUCCCUUGGAUUGCUUUCGGACUCACUUCAUAUGGCUCUUGAUUGUACCUCGUUAGCCUUGGGUUUAGUGGCAGGUAUACUUUCCAAAAACGAGAUCAAUGUGAACGGAAAGUUUCCAUUUGGACUCAGAAAUUUCGAAAUAUUGGCAGGUUUCACCAAUGGUACCUUAUUGAUUGGAAUUAGUGGAAGCAUUAUUUUUGAGGCUAUACAAAGGCUUUUCAAUCCUAUAGUUUUGCAGAAAACAAACGAGUUGAUAAUAGUAUCUAUAAUGGGUUUAUUGGUCAACUUGGUUGGUAUUUUUGCAUUUAACCAUGGCCACGGAGAACACGGCGGACACACACAUGGUCACUCCCACUCACAUGACUCGCAUAGUCACUCCCAUGUCGAGAGCCAUAGUCAUAGCCAUGAACACAGUCAUAGUCAUGGAGGUGAAGAUAACCAUAUGAAUGACAACAUGAAGGGAAUAUUCUUGCAUAUCCUUGCAGAUACCUUGGGGUCAGUGGGUGUAGUAAUAUCAGCACUUUUGACUAAGUUUUUUGGUUGGGAAGGCUUUGAUCCGGUGGCUUCAAUUAUCAUUGCUGCACUUAUCUUCUUUUCGGCAAUUCCAUUGAUAAAGUCAACUGCAUCCACCUUGCUACUCAAGCUCACAACCGAUAAAGAAUCUAAGAUACGGUCAGUAUUGAGUGAAAUCACCCAUAUCAAGGGCCUCAAGUCGUAUACCACCCCCAGAUUUUGGCCCAACUCGACCAAUUCUCUCAAUGGGUAUAUACAUAUCCAGAUAUAUCGUGGAGAAAACUCCUCAUAUAUAAAGAAGCAAUGCGAGCAAAUUUUCCAAGGAGAGAAGAUAGAGGUCAUGAUACAGAUGGAAAACGAUUACGAUGACUGUUGGUGUCGCAAAGACAGUGACAUAAUGGUGAACAGCUAG